UUUCAGUUGGGGGAGAGAAGAAAGAGUAGUAGUAAAACCCUGCGUGGAGAGUGAUGGACACGUAAUGCUGUACGAUUGGAUUUAAACUGGGGCGUAAAAUAGAAAAGGUAAACCGCGUGGCAGGGAAUUCAAGAAGAAGACAAUGGAUUAUAUCUAAUCAGAAAGAAGUGAAAAAAAAAAGGAGCGGCGAUGGAAGCCAUGCAACUUUCGACCGUCGCUGCCGGCAAAUUCUCGGUGACUUCGGGUUCCUUUCCAGCCAAACGGUGCUUCUACAACAGUCCGAGAAACUCAACUGAACUUGGGAGUUCAUGGAGUACAUGUCCCAGCAAUUACGCUUCCCUUUCUUGCAGGAAUUACUUCUCUAGAGAGAUAUGGGGGUGGGUAAAUUCCAAGACGGUUACUUUAAGGAGAGAAAUGCGAGGUGUUGUGAGAGCUGAAAUGUUUGGUCAGCUGACGAGUGGCCUCGAAGCUGCUUGGACCAAACUUAAAGGAGAAGUGGUUUUGACGAAGGAUAAUAUUGUGGAGCCAAUGCGUGACAUUAGGAGAGCCCUUUUGGAAGCAGAUGCGAGUCUUCCUGUUGUUAGACGGUUUGUCCAAGCUGUAAGUGACCAGGCUGUUGGAGUUGGUCUUAUUCGAGGGGUGAAGCCGGAUAACAAUUGGUUAAGAUUGUACACGAUGAGUUGGUGAAAUUGAUUGGAGGAGAGGUUUCUGAACUGGUGUUCUCAAAUCUGGCCCCGCUGUUAUAUUAUUGGCUGGUCUGCAGGGAGUUGGGAAGACAACC